AUGCCAAAAUAUUUAUGCGAUUAUUGUCAGGUCUGGUUGACGCACGACAGUCAGUCUGUAAGAAAAGCUCAUAAUGCAGGCCGUGCCCAUUUACAAAACGUUCAGGAUUACUAUACAAAAGUUGCCCAAGAAGAAGCUCAGAAAAGAUUAGAAGAAGAUCCUUCUUUAGGAAACUUAAAUAAAGAGUCAAGUUUAUUACAGCUGCCGUUAGCAUACGCUUUUCCCCCUAAGUUAUAUCAAUUUCAGUUCACUUAUCCUCCACCGCCGAAUAUCGUGCCUGCUAACGUGUACAUGGCUACGAGAGGUUCAGUCCCUACCGCAACCCCUAUGCCAUAUAUCCCUACUACUACGACUACUGCUUUUAACCCAUCUUAUAGUAAUGGUAUGACGACUGUCAUGCCUGUUACAAAUCCAGCGCCCGACGCUGGUGUUGCUCACUCGUACUCAAAUAGCGCCCAACGUUCUCGGACACAAAACAUUCCAAAUAUGACUGGAAAGCAACAUCCCUAUCAACAAAAAAAGCAAUUCCAUGCACGUUCUUCAAGAACUUAA